AUAUAAUCUACAUUAUUUAAUAUUGAAAUGAAAGACCAUACUGAUUCUUGAACUCAAUAUUGGAGAAAGACAAGAAAAAAGAACAGUGAAGGGGACAAAAUAUUUAAUCAGUAUGUUGUAGCGACAGCACUUUAUAACGCAAGUCUCCUUCGAAACAAUGAUGAAAACAAAAGGAAAGAAGUGAAAAAAAAACUUCUUCAAAUUGAAGAUGACAUUAUUUCACUUUGUGACCGGGCAGACGAGAAAGGCAAUGAUUUUAAAUACGAUGUUGACAGAGUCGAAGACCAUAAGAAGCUUCUAUACGACUUCCGCAAUGACUGUCGAGAGAAAUUGAACACUAUUCAAAAAACCUAUGCUAUAUUUACAUCACCUCUUCACGACAGAGAUACUCAAAUGGAGGUUAAGCGAGCUGAAGAAAUAAGAGAGCUUUUUGCCGAGAUUCGUGAGUUUGUGCGAGAUUGUUUCAAUUCGUUGAUAGACGAAUGUGUGAAAGUCAUUGGAGAGCCCCCUGGUGAAAUAGGCUUUGCCUUUAUUGCAUUUGGAUCGUUUGCUAGAUGUGAAGUGACGCCAUAUAGUGAUUUGGAGUUUGCUUUAUUGGUAGAUGAGGGCACGAGCAAUGCUCCAGUUAAACAAUAUUUUGUCAAAUUAUUAGAAUAUUUUACCUAUAAAGUGAUCAAUCUACAAGAAACAAUUUUGCCGACAAUGUGCAUUCCAUCCUUGAAUGAUGAAAACAAUGCCUUGACAAGUACCUUGUCUAAAUUCAAAUGUUCAUCACAAUCCUGUGAUAACCACCUAGAAAAGGUCGAUGCAGUUGAAUGGCCAUUUCCAAAAGGCAAAGGGUUUUACGAUGAUGAAAUGAGAGGAUUUUCCUUGGAUGGUCGCAUGAGUCAAGCUUGUAAGACUCCUCUUGGUUCAAUUGUUCAGGGUAGGGGGAAAAAUAAAGAUCUCAUCAAGACGCCAAAAGAACUCGCUGAUCUAUAUAUUAACUCACUGAAACAUGAUCAAGGUGCAAACUUGGAAAACAACUAUCACCUAUCUUCUGUGUUAAGCAACAUUUAUUUUCUCUACGGCAAAAAAGAGCUUGUCGACAUGUUCAGUGACAGUGUUCAAUCCAAAUCUGAUAUCUCUGUUGACAAUGAGACUCUGAAUCCAAGAAAAUCCUCCGCCUUUAAAUGUCUUAAGAAUGCAUUUGAGCAGUUUCAUUAUUCACUGACAUCCAGGGAUUUUGGUAUGAUUUCCUCAAUUAAAAAGAAACUUUACCGAUCGGUUGGAAUGCUUAUCAGCAACAUUGGUAAGUUUCAGCACAAAAGCGUUGUUAACAAGACACCAUGGAGCAUUUUGGAUCGACUAAGAGAUGACGAUAUCAUUUCAAAUGAUGUUCAUCAUAAUCUCUUCGUUGUGGUAAGCAUUGUUAACGAGUUGCGUUUAAUGGCUUACUUACGAUGUGGACGACAAGACGAAAUCUUUUCCUUCUUUGAUCAGUCUGUCGACAUCAAUCUGGACGUAGUUCGAGACUUGUGCAUUCGUUUUUUCUAUACAGUUCUCCCAUUUCAGAAAGCGGUAAAAAUGUUUAUGCUCAACCUUCGCGACCAAACAGUACAACAACCGUUAAAAUCAAGUUUUAAUGUAAAAUUUUAUGAAUAUUCACAUUUUAACUCUGCCAUUGCUCUUGCCUUCACUUCAUAUCGCUACUUUAACGUAAUGAGUGAUAGGUUUGUUCAAGCAUACAAUGAUUCGCAAAGUGAAGAGUUGCAGAGGGUAUGUUUGGCUUAUUUAUCCUGUCUCAAUCCUGAUUACUCUUCUCGGUACACAAGAAUCAUCCUUAACUCUAUAAACGACGGCAAUAACUCACAAUGGAAGAUUUUAUCUUGCUUGAUAGCGGCCAUGGCAUCUUUCCAUCAAGACGACGUUGAGCAAGUAAGAACAUUUUUGAACACUGCCAAAGAAGCAAGUGAAUCCACAGUUCAUGAUCUAGAUUCCGUCACGCAGGUGACUACAUGCUCAUAUCAGAUGUUUAUCGCGGGUUUAUUGGAUUACCGUCAAAGAUCAUACAACGAGGCUUUGGUCAAAUUUCUCGCAGCCCAAGUGCUUUAUGAGUCAGUCAUGCAGUCUAAAGGUGGCGUCGUAAACAGUCUUUUUGAGAAUUCAGCUUUAUUCAUGAUCGGCAGUUGUCGUGUUAUGCUUGGCAGCUAUGAUGAUCCCUGUCUUGAGAAGGCAAUGUUAAAUGCAAGACAUUACACGGGAAAUGGUGACUUUAUGCGCAUACUCUAUCACGCCUACAUCUUACUGAUAAAUGGCAUGCAGAACGAGGAAAGGGUCAUACAACAAUUUGAAAAAAUCAUUGAACUCUUUUUGCGAUUUCGUUGUCCUAAAGGAAAUGAGAUCUGGGCAUCAAUUCUUUCGCAAAGCAUUAUUGUUGCUGCAAUCACUUUGGGUAUUUUAUACCGUAACAAGGAACAAAUAAAUGAUGCAAUAUGAAUCUUUCGCUUGGCUUCUUCCCGUUUGAUACCAAAAGCGAUAGAACAUUGUAGCGACAAGCAUCAUGUGGGAAAAAUAAAUGCAGAAAAAGCAAGAUCGUAUAUUCAAGCGUUUCGAGGAGUUUUUAAAUUUGCCGAGGCUGAGUGCUUACAUGCAAGAAACAGCAAAGACGAAAUGUGGUCUUGCAUUUCAGAAGGUCUUGCUACUUUUGCCGACUUUCGUGGUUUCUUUGAUCAAAUCGAGCAAAAAGAUGUUUUGGCAGAAAGUUUUUCACUCGACCGGUUUCAUCUUCGUGGAAGACAAGAUCAUCUAGUCUGGCGCUCGAUGGAUAAUCGACCGCAUGCAGCUCCACGUUUUAUUGAUACGUUCACUAUGGCUCCACUUCUUCAAAUUUGGUGUGAUUCGCUGACCAGAGAAUUGCAGUAUAUUUUAUACACAACAGAACGAGAUCUAACGAAUCAAGUGUUGCAAUUAGGUGCACCAAUCAUAUCAAUUUUUUUCCCGCAGAAUUCAUCACAGUUGCUUGAACAGUUUCAAGUAAACCCAUGCAGAGUUCUGGGAAAUUUUAUUCCAUUUCUCCGUCCGUUUGCAGACGGUUUCAUUGGUAAUAUAUUCAUUACAAUGUCGUCAGAAAGGUCAGCCAUAAUAGAACUGAUCAAAACAACCCUCUUCGAUGUUCAACCCCACGCUAUGGAGUUUAUCGAUUACUGGAAAGAACUUUUCAUCUUGUGUAUUCGCUUUUCUUUAUGUAAUGACUUGCUCAAGUGUUUUGGAUUUUUAAAUGAGUAAUUGCGCAAGUAGCUACAAAAUCACAUCAAGAAUAGAAUCACACAGAUAAAGAAUUUUUAUUAAUUUUAUAUAUUAGACUAGACAAUAUUUACAGCCGCAGUAACGUAACCAGCCAACACUUUUUUGUCGAGCUUUGCACUCUCUUUAUCGUCCGCCAAUUUUUGUAAAUAACAACUACAAAAAAUUCACAUGUUGGCUAUAACACAAUAAGCUGACGAUAAACCUGGCUGGUUACUAAACACUAUAUCUUACAUUUUAGACUACGCAAAUUGAAAAAAUAAUAAAGUAAAUUAACUUAAAUGAAACGAUAACACAAACGCGAAGAACAUUGAACAAAAAUUAUAACCACUUUUUAAAAGUUUUUG